UUCAAGAACAGUGAAUCUUGGCAUAUUGUUGGAUGCAACUUUGAUGUCCUUGAACAAAAUAAUUUUAUGUGCAAAAGUGUCUUUAAUUUUUGUGUAUUAUAUAUUAUUAUAAAUAGAGUAGUUUCAAUUACGUGAGAACAUUUAUCAAAUCAAAUUGUUGUAGCUUCUAACAAGUGAAGAUAGGUGUCAAUGGAUUGGUUCUUGGCACAAUUUAUAUGGGUAAUUCUUGCUGGAAGCUUGUUAUUUAAUGCCUUAUCUUAUUCUUAUAAAGCACCAAUGUACACAUUUAUCAAAGAAGCCACAUUUGCUCCUCCAAUCUUAACAUAUGAUUAUAUAGUAAUUGGUGGAGGAACAUGUGGUUGUCCACUAGCAGCAACACUUUCACAAGGUGGAAAAGUUUUAGUCCUUGAAAGAGGAGGUUCACCAUAUACAAAUCCAGAACAGAUCAACAUACAUAACUUUGUUAAUGCCCUUUUUAAUAUAAGUCCUUCAUCAUUUUCACAAGUAUUCAUAUCAACCGAUGGUGUAUACAAUACGCGUGCACGUGUCUUAGGCGGCGGUUCUGUCGUGGGUGCUGGAUUCUACUCAAGGGCUAGUUAUAAGUACAUAAGAGAAUUUGGUUGGAAUGAAACUUUGGCCAGGAGUUCAUACGAGUGGGUUGAAAAGAAGGUUGUUUUUGAGCCUUCAAUGCUUCAAUGGCAAUCAGCAGUUAGGGACGGUUUACUUGAAGCAGGGAUUUUGCCUUACAACGGUUUUACAUUUGAUCAUGUAUAUGGGACUAAGGUUGGAGGGACAAUUUUCGAUAAGGAAGGUCAUAAACACACUGCAGCUGAUUUGUUAGAGUAUGCCGAUCCAAAGAGAAUUUCUGUUUAUUUGCAUGCCACAGUUCAAAAGAUACUAUUCAAGUGGAAUGCAGAAAAAGGGAGGCCACAAGCUUAUGGAGUGAUUUUCAAAGAUACAUUAGGAAUCAUACAUAGAGCAUACAUAAUCUCCAAAGUGGAUAAUGAAAUAAUUGUAUCAGCUGGUGCAAUUGGAAGUCCACAGUUACUGAUGCUGAGUGGCAUUGGUCCUGCUAACCAUCUUAAGGCGCUUGGAAUCCAGGUGGUUAUGGAUCAGCCUUUUGUUGGUCAAGGGAUGGCAGAUAGUCCAAAAAAUGUUCUUGUUGUUCCUUCUCCUUUACCAGUAGAACUUUCUGUGAUUGAAACUGUGGGAAUCACUAAGUUUGGUAGCUUCAUUCAAGCACUCAGUGGAUUGAGCUUUGGUUAUUCUUUCUCUGACAAGCUUAGAGGGAUUUUUGAAUUGUUAUCAAACCAGAGUGGUAUAUCCUCCAAGUUUAGACCAGAAACUAUGGAAAGUUUUGCAGACAUAAUUAGAUCAUUAACCAAUCCAAUUUUCAAAUUCAAAGGAGGAAUGAUAGUUGAAAAGGUAAUGGGACCACGAUCCACAGGUCACCUGGAACUUCUAACAACUAAUCCCAAUGAUAAUCCAUCAGUUACCUUCAACUAUUUCAAGGAUCCAGAAGACUUGAGAAUGUGUGUGGAAGGCAUGAAAACAAUCAUAAAUGUGAUUAACUCAAAAGCAUUCUCAAGAUUUCGUUAUAAAAACAUGCCUAUCCAGGCUCUUAUAGACUUGAUGUUGCUUUUACCAGUGAAUUUGAGACCAAAACAUCCUAAUGCUGCAUUUUCUUUAGAACAAUAUUGCAUUGAUACUGUCUCAACAAUUUGGCAUUAUCAUGGAGGUUGUCAAUCUGGUAAAGUUGUUGAUCAUAAUUAUAAGGUCAUUGGUGUGGAAGCUCUUAGAGUUAUUGAUGGGUCCACUUUUUAUCGCACGCCGGGGACUAACCCUCAAGCCACUAUAAUGAUGAUUGGAAGGUAUAUGGGACAACAGAUUAUAAAUAAAAGAUUAUCUCAAUAGAGGAACUGAAGUGGUCAAUUUCAGGGCAUAUUUUCCAUAGCUCCUUAUUUGUACUAUUUUCAUUUGUAUGAACUAUGAUGAUUAUGUAAUUUCCAACAUGUUAAAACAUUUUUAAAGAAACAGAAUAGGACUUAAGGAUAUGCUUUGCACAUUCAUAAAAUGGAAGAAGCAUCUAACUUUUGCAAACUUGUCCCCAUUUUUCUCUAAAGCAUGUGAAGGGAGAAUUUAUUGCUUUGAAAGAGCAUUUU